AUGAAGCUGAAGGACUCACUUGCUUCUCAUAGUCAAUGGGAGAAGAGCUCAGGUUGGCUUGAAAGCAGAAAGAGAUUGCCUGUCUGCCAGUCAAAUCCAGCCUCCAAAAUGCUCCAAGUUCUCUUGGUCAUUAUAUGCUUAGCAGUUUUUCCAUAUCAAGGGAGCUCUACAAUCCUAAAAUCCAGGAAGGUUAAAGAUUAUGAAAUAGUGUAUCCACAAAAAGUCCUUCCAUUGUCCAAAGGAGGAGUUCAGCAGCCUGAACAAAAGACCAAGUAUGAAGAUACCAUGAAAUAUGAAUUUAAAGUAAAUGGAGAGCCAGUGGUCCUUCACCUAGAAAAGAAUAAAAGACUUUUUUCGAAAGAUUACACUGAGACCCAUUAUUCCCCUGAUGGCAGAGAAAUUACGACAAGCCCUCCAGUUGAGGAUCACUGCUAUUAUCAUGGACAGAUCCAGAAUGAUAUUGACUCAAUUGCAAUCAUCAGUGCAUGUGAUGGCUUGAAUGGGUAUUUCAAGCAUCAAGGUGAGAUGUACCUUAUUGAACCUUUGAAGCUUUCUGACAGUGAAGCCCAUGGAGUCUUUAAAUAUGAAAGUCUGGAAAAAGAGGAUGAGACUCCCCAAACUUGUGGAGUAACCCACUCUACUUGGAAAGCAGAUGAGCCCAUCAAAAAGAUUGUUAAGACAUUUGUUACUCCUGAAGAAGAAAAAGAAUACUUGGAAACUCCAAAAUAUGUUGAGCUCUAUGUAGUUGUGGACAAUUUAAUGUUUAAGAAGUACAGCGGCAACAUCACUGAUGUAACGGCAAGAAUAUUUGAUAUAAUCAACUAUGUAAAUUGGUUUUGCAAAGCUUUGAAUAUUCACAUCGUACUGAUUGGCUCAGAAAUUUGGUCUGAUAAAGAUAAGAUUGCGAUCAAUGGAUCAUCGGAACCCGUCGUGAGGUCCUUUGCAGCCUGGAGAGAAUCAGAUCUGCUGAAGCGCAAAAAGAAUGAUAAUGCUCAGUUACUCACGAGUAUUCACUUCGAUGGUGGAACCUUAGGAGUAGCUUUUAUAAGUGGAAUGUGCAAUUCUCAUCUAUCUGCAGGAGCGAUUCAGGAUAACAGCAUCUAUGCAGUUACCACUGCGGCUAUAAUGACCCAUGAGCUGGGUCAUAAUCUUGGCAUGGAUCAUGACCCAGAUUCCUGUACUUGCAAGGAUGGCCCAUGCAUUAUGAAGGCUGCAAUAAACCUUCUACCUCCCCGGGAAUUCAGCUCUUGCAGUUUCUGGUAUUAUAAGAAUUAUAUCAUGACCGAAGCUUCACAGUGCAUUCUCAAUGACCCUUUGAGCACAGAUAUUGUUAAAAAUGCAGUUUGUGGGAAUAGCUUUGUGGAAAAGGGAGAAGAAUGUGAUUGUGGCUCUCCAGAGAUAUGUGAAAACGAGUGCUGCGAGGCUGCAACUUGUAAACUGAAACCUGGAGCUGAAUGUGCAGAUGGGGGAUGUUGUGAGAAAUGCCAGUUUAAGACAGCAGGAGAACUAUGCCGGGCAGCAAAGGAUGACUGUGACCUGCCUGAACUCUGCACUGGCCAAUCUGCUGAGUGUCCCAUGAAUCACUUCCAUAAGGAUGGACACCCAUGCCAAAACAAUUUGGGUUACUGCUUCAGGGGGACAUGUCCCACUUUGACCAACCAAUGUAUUGCUCUCUUUGGGCCAGAGGCAGAAGUGGCUCCAGAUAGAUGUUUUCUGGAUAACCAGAAAGGGAAUGAUUAUGGCUACUGCAAAAAGAAAACCAAUACAAACAUUCCAUGUGAACCAAAGGAUGUUAAAUGUGGCAGGUUAUAUUGCACAGAUGAUUCAGCUGAAGAGAAUUCAUGCAAAUUCCACUUUUUAAAAGAAAAUCCAGAUGUUGGAAUGGUUGAACCUGGAACAAAAUGUGAAGAAGGAAUGGUCUGUGGCUUUGGGCAGUGUAUUGACAUAGAAAUAGCCUUUGGAUGAAUCACUAGCCUCUCUCAAAUUUGAUUUUGGCAAUCCUCCUUCCAGAAGGCUUGGCUUCCUUCAAGCCCAAAGAGACCCAUCUUUCUUCAUCAUAUUAGUAAAUCAAUCUUAACUUCUAGAUGGCAUCUAAAAAUCUGCAAUAUUUCUUCUCCAAAUUUAAUCUGACUAACUGUUUGCUGUAAUUAAUCUUUUUUCCAGCCACAAAGCUUCAUGGUAUAUGUGCUGCCAAGAAAAAAUAUUGGUUGUUUUACUUUUGCCAAUUGCAAAACAUGUUUUAAUGGGAGAGGUUUUACUUUUGGUGCUGGCAUAUUCAAAGGCAAUGCAUUCUGUUCCAAAAUUUUCUUUGUGAUAAUCAAAGAUGUAGCUUCUUCCAUCAAUAAACAAAUCUAAUUCUGCAUUUA